ACACUCUGCCUCCAUAUAGAACAACCACCAAAACAUCCACAAAAUGUCUGCUCCUCAGUACCUCGGUCCCGCCAGCGCCCAGUCCGCUCCAUCUCUCACCACUGUCCUCAAGGACCAAAUAACCAACCCUGCCUACAGGGAGGGUAACCUCAACAUCCUCAAGGCGGUCUCCAUCUUCGUUGUCGGUAUCGCCUUUGCCCGAUCAGGAUUGAGCUCUGCUCUCGUUCCCGUUUUCUAAGCAUGGAGAAAGUAGGAAAAUGGGGUUUGAAUGAUAUAGUGUCGAGUCAGGGGAUAAGGAAGCUAGAUAGUAUCCUCCUUGAGAGGUUGUAUCAUCAUCUGUAUUAACAUGCAGUGCAUCACGACUCUUGUGUAUUCUGGGGUAUCAAACUAUAGAUUUCGACGAUCGUCAUACUAAUCAUCAGGUAAUACCAUCACUUGGACCAAAAGCGAUUCUCAGAACGCAAAACACCCCUCUAUUAGUUUUGCUCGAUGAUCCCCACCAGCGCCUUCUCGUACUUUCCGGUGGUCUCGCCCUCCACCGCCCUUCUAAGCGAAUUGCGAUACAGUACCUGGUAUUGGUUCUUGAUGGCAUUGAAACGAGCGCGGUUCCAGUGAUUACGGACAAGGCGGUAAAUCCUGUCGACCGGAUCAGUGGAAACACAAAGAAGAACGACAAACAGACGCACAUCCUUUCAUCCUUUGUACCCAUACCGGCCAUUGCAGCAUGGAGUAAUUCACAGUCACGGACGACACCGUCGCCAUCCGCUUCGACACCCCGAGCAAUGAAGAACAGUGCAUCACACAUAUGGCCAGAGAAUUCUGAUUUAAUCCUGUGGAAUUGGAAAUCAGAAACUGUAGUUUUUCAAGGAGAGAUGGAACGUACAUUUGAGAAAGAGAAACUCGAUGACGAGCGGGGAAUGCUUGAGCAAUAGCUUUUAGAUGCUCUUUGGAUCGAGAGAUCAAAAUGCCGCAGAUGGCAAUUUCGUCCUAGAACGAUUUGUCAGAUAUUGAAGAUGCCCAAGAUCAGGAAUAAUGAAACGUACAGUGCCGAUCUUGCCCGGUCCAGCUCGAUACAGAGUUUCCACGUCUUGCUGGACAAGUUGGUGAUUGAGGUACGGUGACUCGUCUCUUUGUCCUGAUAAGGCCAUGUUGAACAUCCUAUCAUGCCGCAAUAAAUUAGUGACAGUUGCUUCUCGUCGUAAGGAGUGCAGGCGCACCUCUCCGUCUUCAUAGACAGCUCCCCCUGAACGAUUUGAACCAAGUCCUUGUUGUACGUUCUUCUGUACGCUUCCUUGAGAAGGAAAAUUUCUUGGUUGGUCCUACCGAGAAGAACUUCAUUGAGCAAGUCUUCAUGGGUACCCAUGCCCUUGCACGCGCGGUGAAGAAGAUAGACAUCUCCGCCAAGAGGACCGAGCGAAAGGAGGACAAGGGUGUAUUCGAGCCUGCCAUAUAAGACAUGAUGAGAAGAAGCCCGGAGACAAGAUAGAAGGAUGCUCACCAGCUUGAAAGUUCCUUUUCCAAAGUGGUCUUGAGAGACCUACCGACAGUCUGCUCGUAUGUCCUUGACAAUACAUCCAUUUGGAACGCAUCCAGAGGCGACAGCGUGUCGAUAAUCGUCCUCUCAUCUGUACCAAAGCCCUGUACAUCUGUGAGUGACGUCCAAUUCGCCCUCUGUCGAGAUACAUACCUUGGUGGCCUUCCUGAUCCUUUCUGCAUCAAAUCGAGCAUCAUACCCAGCCAAAGUGCUCACAGGCACGGCUGGCGGCGGCGCAGGGAUGGGUACACCCAAGUACAUCAUCGGACCCUGGCCCUGAGGCUGACUUCCAUAACCUUGUUGAGGACCUCCGAAUCCUUGCUGCGGUGGCUGUUGAGGAUAAGGGGAGGAUGCACCGUAUUGUCCUUGAGGAGGAGCAAUAGGGGGAACCCCAUAUCCCGCGGGAGCUGGAGAGGGCGCACCAAAAGGCGGCUGAGGCGAGUGGCCACCAUAUCCUUGCUGGUGCUGAGGAGGAGCACCGUACUGGUUGGCAGGAGGGGCACCGUAAGGUUGAUGCUGGGGAGGACCAGGAGGCGCGCCCCAUUGUUGUUGCUGAGAUGGAUGAGCGCCGUAGGUGGCAGCUGGAGGACCGUUCUGAUACCCCGGCUGAUAGCCUUGGGGAGGCGCUUGCCCCCACUGUUGGGGAGGAGGAGUGCCGUAGUUGUUCUGUUGACCGUACAUGGCUGUUUGUGUUGUGGAUGUGGAUGUGAGAUGAGAUGGGAGGGCAAGCAAAGUUGUCCAGGAGAACAAAGGGAGUAUAUAAAGUAGUGUCCGCUGUGGAAGCUGUGCAGGCGACAAAUAUUUACUCGUUACAGGGAAUAUUUCCGGGUGGAAAGAGAAGAUGCCGAGUUGCGGAUAACGAGUGAUAACGAGCACCGGAUCUAUUUCAUUUGUUGUUGUUAUGCUUCUGCCCGGUCUCAAAAGGCAGUGCUCCGUGCCUAAAAACGUCAUACAGAACAAAUUCAUCAGUUGGGUGGCAAAUCGCUACUGGAAGAAACACUUGCGCGUCCCACACCUUCCAGCUCCGUCGUCAUGCAUGCGUCUUGGGCACAAGCCAAGCUCCCCGUCCCUCUACAGCAGACAGAGAAGGGCUGUUUUAGUAGACGCGGAAUGGCAACAACGAGGAAGACAUGAUGGAGGAUACUUUUGGACGGAGAUCAGCCGCACUCCGUCUUUCUCUCUCUGAACUCUCCAUCGGCCCAGCGAUGUUACGCACCGCCGUAGGUGACAGAAAUCUUGGAAAACCAA